AUGGGAGCAGAGUGCCUAACUGGACAAAUGUGCAGAGAAGACAGCUUCCUUGACCGAGCAGCGGUAGGUUCUCCUCUCUGGAGUAGCCUGUCGUAUAUUCUGUUGCAAACUCAUUGGCUUUUUUCUCUCCGUCUUGCAAUGUUUUCUCCUCUUCUCACUAGACCUAAAAAUUCAAAACAGCCAGAGCGGGAAGAGAAACGAGUCCUCGGUCUUGUGUUGCUGCGAGGAGAAAACCUGGUGUCCAUGACAGUUGAAGGACCACCUCCAAAAGACACUGGAAUUGCCCGCGUACCUCUUGCUGGAGCAGCUGGAGGACCUGGAGUUGGGAGAGCAGCAGGGAGGGGAGUACCAGCUGGUGCACCCAUGCCACAGGCUCCAGCAGGAUUAGCUGGCCCUGUCAGAGGAGUGGGAGGACCGUCCCAGCAGGUGAUGACACCUCAGGGUCGUGGAACAGUUGCAGCUGCUGCUGCAGCAGCCACUGCUAGCAUAGCAGGAGCCCCAACUCAAUACACGCCAGGGCGGGGGGGUCCUCCCCCACCCAUGAGCAGAGGAGCACCUCCUCCAGGAAUGAUGGGACCUCCUCCAGGCAUGAGACCACCUAUGGGCCCACCAAUGGGAAUGCCACCUGGCCGAGGUGCUCCUAUGGGAAUGCCCCCACCAGGCAUGAGACCACCACCCCCAGGAAUGAGAGGACCCCCUCCACCUGGCAUGCGUCCACCAAGGCCAUAAGAUAUUCUAUAAUGUACCUUUGAACUGUGAGAAGACUGAUUAAAGGAAUAUACCGAGCAGUAGCCCCGCCAAAACUUUGCUAUGUAUAUUUUAUAUUACUGCUUGUAAAGUUUGCCCUUUUUAAUAAAGUUGGAAAACCCAGUA